ACAAACAAAACUAAGGCUAGGAUGCCUUCAAUAAUUUCAAUUUAAAAUAUGCAAUUUUCAAUUAUCAAUGUUAAAACAAAAUAGUGACAUUGGUUUACUGAUAUGAGUACUUUUGACCGAUACCCACUCGAUUCUUAAUUUCAAAGUAUCGAUACUAAAAGUACUUGGUAUCGGCGCAAAAGUAUCGAGUACGUACUUGUAUUUACUCGUAUCGUUUCAUCCCUAGCCUGGAGUACCUAUUUAAAAAUAUUAUGAUAAUUAUUGACCUCGUAAAACAUAGUGAUUAAAUAGUAAUUAUACGUUUUUGUUUUUUCUAUUUGGUAUAGCAAACAAAACAUCGAGCUACACAUCAAAUAAGUGAACAACCUAAAAUCUGAAGGUUUUCCCUUGGUCUGGUACCACUUGGCCACACUGUGUAUUUGUUCAACAUGCUGGAAGACAGCCGGGAUGGGAGGUCACUGGUUGAGGGCGGAGACCCAUACGACCUACACGUCAUGACAGGCAGCGCAGAAGCAGUGGAAGCUGAAGGCUUAGAGUCCAACCUGCCUCUACCCGGGGAUAUGUCAGAUGAGGACAUUAUCCUGCGGAUCGCCAUGCUAGAUAUGGCUCACAGUGCUCGGAUACGUCGACAGUAUCGCUCGGUGCUGAAGUGUAGAGUCUUGCUAAAGAGAAUUUCACUUUGGAAUGAUAUGAUUCAAACUCCAAGUUGCUCUGUCCUGCUCUCUCCUAUGACUGGAAGCUACUCAAAUUCUGAAUCUUCACAGGAAAAUAUUGAAUUAAGUAACAUACUAGUAUCUGCCAAUGAAAAGAAGAUCAUAGGAACAGGAUCAAAUAAUCUGUUUGCAAAGUCAACUGUAAACAACACAGCAACAGAUGAUAAACAGACUAAUUCAAAGACAUAUGAAUAUCUCUCUAAUAUUAAAUUAAAGGAUUGUUUUGUAAAACUUGAAAAAAUGGCAUUAUUUAAAGGUAACAAAACAAGAAAUAAAAAACAAAACAUACAUAAUAACAAAUAUCUAUCCAAUAUAACUUUUGAGAAAUGUUUUGUAAAAAUUCAAAGAGUGAAUAUUGUCAAACAAUCUAAAAGAACAGUAUUAAAACAAAAACUUUCAAUGCAGAAAACUCAAACAACUAAUUCCCAGGAGUUACAACACAAUAAAGAUACACUCACUCAAGAGACAAAUGAAUUUGAAGCAACAAUCUAUAAUAUUAAGGUCCCUGCAAAGGAGUCAGUAAAGAAAACAAUAAAAGUUGAUUGUACAAAAACAGUCCCUUUAAAUGUAGAGUCUGGAAAUUGUACAAAGUCUAUUUACACAUGUGACAUUUGCCAAAAGAGUUAUAAAAGAAAAAGUGCCCUAGUAAAACACAUAGUGGCUCAUACAACUAAAAAAUUAUUAAAAUGCAAAUUUUGCCAGUACCAUGGUAAGAAUAAAAAAGAUUUAGCGAAGCAUCUGAAAGAACAUAAAGGUGAUCAACUUUCCAGCUAUAAGUUACAUAAUAAAAUACGUACUAUUACACACAAGACUCAUAAGACAGACAAAAAACAAUUUGAAUGUGACAUUUGUGGUUACAGAGGUUCAAAUAAGAGUUACUUGAGAUGUCAUAUGAAUGGUCACAUGGGUAUCAAACCAUAUGCGUGCAACAUAUGUGAAUAUAAAAGUACCAAUAAAAAUCAUAUAACGGACCACAUGCGCAUUCAUACUGGUGAGAAGCCAUUUUCUUGUAAGUUAUGCCCAUACAAAUCAGCCACCAGCAGCUAUCUAUAUAAGCAUAUGUUUACACACUCGGACAGGAGACCCUUCUCUUGUGAUUUGUGUGAAGUAAAAUGUAAAACUAAGUCUUGGUUAUUAAUUCACAAAAAGAUUCAUAUGGGAGCAAGGCCCUAUACUUGUACUGUGUGCCAACACAAGUAUACCACAAUUUCCAAUCUACGUACUCACAUGAAGAUUCAUACUGGUGUAAAAUCAUACUCCUGUGAUUUAUGUUCCUACAAAUGUUAUGAAAAGUUCAAAUUGGGUAUUCAUAAGGUGACACACACAGGAGAAAAACGCUAUAUAUGUAAUGUAUGUAACACCAAAUUUGCUCACCAACAGAUACUAACUAAUCACAUGAGACUUCACACUGGCAUUAAACCCUUUGCCUGUUCUUUGUGCCGGUAUAAAUGUAUACAAAGCAGUCAACUGAAGGUCCAUAUGAGAACACACACUGGUGAAAAACCAUACGUGUGUAAUGUGUGUAAUUUUAAAUGCACAACAAGUAGCUAUCUAAUAAAGCACAGGGAAAUUCACACUGGGAUUCAACGUUAUGCUUGUAAUUUAUGCCCAUAUAAAAGUUUCCUUAAGAAUGGUUUAGUUAUACACAUAAAAACAAAACAUGCUAGCAAGUAAUAAUAGUCAUCAGUAAGUUGCAUAGUGACCACACAGCAGAGUCAAUGAGCCAUUUUUCUCUAAUAAUGGAGUCAAAUCUAUACUUAUAAAUCUGUAGAGAGGUCAAUUCUGUACAUGAAAUAUAUUUCCAAAAUAACUAUCAGGGGGUGAUUAGUGAUCGAGACUGAUGCCAAAAAUGCAAUCAGUAAAAUUUUUGUCUGUCUGUCUGUCUGUCUGUAUGUUCUUUAUAGAAACAAAAACUACUGGACGGAUUUUAACAAAACUUGGUACAAUUAUUCAAUAUACUCCUGAGCAGGUUAUAGUAUACUUUUCAUUACGCUUCCUGAGCAGGUUAUAGUAUACUUUUCAUUACGCUACGAUCAAUAGGAGCAGAGCAGUGAAGAGAAAUGUUGAGAAACAUCUACAUAGAAAUCAUGUAUGACGGAAAUGUUUUCCUUAUAAUUAUCUAUAAAAACACAACAGAAUAUAUAAGUCUAUCUUUUAUGGUUGACUCACAAUAACACGUGUAACUCCCGAUAGCUUAGCAGUUCGAAGCUUUCUAAUUAUAUUUGUUUACUCUUAUGUUUAUAACACUCAUCACUCAUCCCUAAUAAGAAAGUUAACAUUAUUACCUAUUCAAUAAAAAAAGAAUCAUAAAAAUCGGUAAAGAAACACCAAAGUUAUACAUGAAAUACGCUAAGCCAUCGCGCGUGAAUACUAAUUCAUGCUUUAAGGACUUUAAGGAUUAUUUUUGUGUAAUGGUUGCCGCGCUCGAGGCAACUCGCGGUGGGAGGAAUAAAUAAAGAAGUGCAUCCUUAAUUAGUAGGUUAGGGGUAGGGCAGGGGUAGGGUAGGGUAGG